GAGGAGCUUGCGUCUCCACGCUGGUGGGCUAUAAGGAAUAGCGUUUUUCCGCUCAGCUCAGAGAGAGGUGGAAAUGUGUUAAGCGGUGCAAAAUUUGUCUUGAAGCUCCCGCGUGUGUCUGCGUGUGUGCUGGGGUUGAGAGAAGGGGGCUGUCAGCCAGAGCUCAACGGCCACCAGAAGUCAGAAGGUGUAGGGCAAAAGACAUCAGUAGCCAUGGAUGUGUUCAUGAAAGGACUUUCCAAGGCCAAGGAGGGAGUUGUGGCUGCUGCUGAAAAAACCAAACAGGGUGUGGCAGAAGCUGCUGGAAAGACAAAAGAGGGAGUUCUCUAUGUGGGAUCUAAAACUAAGGAAGGCGUGGUUCACGGCGUGACAACAGUGGCUGAGAAGACCAAAGAGCAAGUGACAAAUGUUGGAGGGGCCGUGGUGACCGGUGUAACAGCAGUGGCCCAGAAGACAGUGGAGGGAGCAGGGAACAUUGCUGCUGCCACUGGCUUUGUCAAGAAGGACAAGGUACAGCUGCCCACACUUCAUGUUACACUGCUAGGCUCUCGCAGCAUGGCUGCUCCACACAAACCUGGAAAUUUGUCACAUUUCAUCUUUUCACGAAUCAAAAAGUCUUGGGCUGAGUGUCACAUUUCCCUGACAAAUUCUAAGCUCUUUGAGGGUGAAGAAGGGUCCCCACAAGAAGGAGUUCUGGGAGACAUGCCUGUGGAUCCUGACAGUGAGGCUUACGAAAUGCCCCCGGAGGAAGGCUACCAAGACUAUGAGCCUGAAGCCUAAAAAUGUCUUUCUUCCUGGUGUCCUGAGAUCCGCCGGCUGAUGUUCCAUCACGUUCAAGUGCUCAGUUCCAAUAUGCCCGGUCAUGACAUUUUCUCAUACAGUGUAUUUCGAAGUCUUCCAUCAGCAGCGACUGAGUUCUAUACCUGCCCCUCUGUGUUCCGGUGCUUCCCGCUCACUGAAGUGAAUUUGUGGUAGCAGGGUCCUCCUGUGCUGUGGAUAUUGUGGCUUCAAACCUAAAAUGUUAAAAUAAAUACAAACACCUAAGUGACUACCACUUAUUUCUAAAUAUUCACUAUUUUUUUGUUGCUGUUGUUGAGAAGUUGUGGUUUGCUGUCUUAUAAGACUUUCAGGUGUCUUUAAUGAUUCUUUCUGUCUAAGAAUAAUAAUGUAUUGUGAAACUUGUUAAUAUAUAAUAUUUAAUCUAUGUGAGCAUGAAACUAUGCACCUAUAAAUAGUAACUAUAAAGUUUUACAGUUUUGUGAUGUGUUUUAUUAACUUGUGUCUGUAUAUAAAUGGUGAAAUUAAAAUAAAAUGUAUCUCAUUGCAAAAA